AUGGAGAUCGUGCGACUAGCUAUCAUCUUCAACAAACCCCCACUAGGCUUGCUGUCAACCUGGGUGGGCCCACCGACAUUUGCGUCCGUUCUGGUGGCACCUGUGACCUUCACCAACGCCGCCAGAGAGGCCAGCGAGCUGGGCGGCACAGGCUUGUCAACUGUAGCCAACUUGCCGCCGACGGCGUGCUUAGAGGCAGAGGCAGGAACACGGGCGUCAGGAUGUGACUUGUCUGUGGCAAGGGCGUCCACGGCAAGCUUCGCUAAGGGCGUGGCAACCGUCUCCCGCUCGAGAACGCCCGGAGGGGGACUCACUACCAUCUUGGCAGCGAGCUGGGGUGCAGCAGCCUCAGUCGUCUUUCCCAACGGAGGAGAUGAAACCAAUGACUUGGAAGUCACUAACCUGGAAGUAAUCGACUUGGAAGUCACUGGCAUUGACGUCUGUGUCUUGGCGGACGGUUCCGGCGAAGGAUCUGGAGACGGCUCCAGCGAUGAAGCGAGCGACGUCUUUGCUGACACUUUCGACAAGGAAGUGAGAGUGGGCUUGGCCGAGGUGGACUUGGCCAAAGCUGACUUGGCCAAGGCCCACUUGGCUAAAGGCGGCUGGUUCGCGAACGGCUGGGACCGUGAGGUGGACGAGGACGAGGACGAAAUUGCGGUUGGAAUGGGGGCCGCGGGUUUGGCAGAAAGGGGGGCCGCUUUGGGCAGAUUCAAGUCGGUGGAUGACUCGGAGGAGGUUGGAGUGACGGGUUUCUUCAUCGGCACCUUGGGAGCCGUCUUGGCUGUAAUAACCAUCGUCGGGGACUGA